AGAAUCCAAUCCUCCACCCCUGCUAGCGCCGGCAAAUCACCAGCCUGUACCCUUCCCCCCGACAAGGUCUUCUCCAUUCAGAUUGGCUCCGAGCUCUUUCGCCUGUCGGGAGCCUCCAUUGCCUCGGACGCACCCUCCUACUUCUCCCGCUUCUUCGAGGAGCAAUUGCGCCUGGUCGAUCCCUCCAAUGUUCGAACUCUCUACAUUGAUCGCGACCCAGCAACUUUUCAGGACAUAGCCCGCCAUCUCCAAGGAUAUCAUGUCCAGCCUCGAGAUGGCGCCCAAUUUGUGAAGCUAUUCGCCGACGCGCAAUUCUACACCUUGCCCCGGUUAAUGUCCCAAUUAUUCGAGUCCGAGAUCUUCAUCCAGAUCGGCGACCACCACUUUCAGAUCCCUCGUGACAUCUUCUCCGGCCCUGGUGACUCCCCCGAACUUCUUUUCCCUUGGUUUCGGCGCGUUUUUUGCCUCGCCCUCCGAGGUCUUCCCCGGGCUGGACCGCGUUGGUCUCCUUCGACCCCCGCUAUCGUGCCCCCGAGCGUCCCCAACCGGUCUGCAGACGUGUUUGCAGAACUGCUUCACCUGCUACGUGGAUACCCGCUGCAUAUUCGAAAUGCCGAUCAUCGUGCAGAGCUGUUACGCGAUUGUCGCUAUUUCCAUCUCCGCGGACUGGAGCAGAAGUUGAUUCCCCACCACAUCAGUUACAAUCCUUUCCGUCAACGCUCGGAGAUUGUGGAUUCGCCUCGGAAGAUGUACGACCGUCCGGUAUUCACUUCGCUCCGGAUACGACUUCUCGAACCGGCGUUGGACGCCUCUACUAUGGUCAAUCGAGCUAUCCGCCGGGCCGAUUUCGUGGGAUUAACCAAGUCUCGCAUGGCGAGCUUGCUCCAAGUAGUGGCCAAGAGGAUGAAUCUUCCGAAUUUGCAAUUGGGCGCGAUCCCUAUCAAGGUCCGCUGGGGACAAGCCACGGAUAUCGUGGUGGACGGUGAAUCGAAUUACACCUGCCCGGCGAAUUUUGCACCAGAUUUAGAGACGGAUGAUGAUUUACCGCCGGCCAAGCGUCACCGUACGGAUGGAUCUGAAUCAUCUUACAAUGAGCCAUGCGUGAUUCGAACAGGGCAAUGGCGACUACUGGUGGAGCCUGACAAUAACGGCGCAUACGAGGCAGUCCUGGUCGCGGUCAAGUUGGACACCUGGACGACUGCGCGAGUGCGAAACCAACAGCAAAAGUUCCUCUGA